UGCAGCUGUUCUUUGACAAACAACAACAAGAGCGGCUAGCGACAUCGCGGCGAGCAAACAGCGGUGGCUCUCGUAUCAGUAACCGCGUUGAAAUUUAGCCUGUAAGGCAUCUCAAUUCUGACAUUGCCGGGGUGGAAACUCUGGCCUCCGCUUCCUCCGACGACGACUCGGAAACCAGCGGAGCUUCGCCGCCCCCGCGGAAAAAAAGCCGAGGCUCGGCGGCGGAGGGAGCAGGAGAGAGCGGGGCGUCUGCUGCCGGGAUCACGGGCCUCUCUCUCCCAACCCCCUACCAGCACUCAUCCAUCCGCCUCAAUAACAGCCCACCACCACUCAGAUCCGGCGAUUUAAACUUGUUGUACAAUAUGCAGACCAACGGGACCGGAGGACAAGAGCCGGAGCCGCAGCUGUCGUGCAGGAACAGAGAGUCGUCAACCUCCACCGCGGAAGUUGUACACUCCAACGGGCUUCUGUCCUCCGCUAAUAACGGGCUGCCUUCCACCGAGAGCUCGGCCCCGGACACCGGCAUGAAGAAGAAGAAACGACUGUCACAGAGCGAUGAGGAUGUGAUCAGACUCAUAGGACAACAUCUACACGGACUAGGACUCAAUCAAACUGUGGACCUGUUGAUGCAGGAAUCAGGCUGUAGACUGGACCAUCCUGCUGCCACCAAGUUCCGUAAUCAUGUGAUGGAGGGCGAGUGGGAAAAGGCUGAGAGUGACCUCAACGAGCUGAAGGCACUGAUGCAUUCACCCAGCGCUGUUGUGCGGAUGAAGUUUUUGCUCCUGCAGCAGAAGUAUCUGGAGUAUCUGGAAGAUGGGAAGGUUCUGGAAGCUCUGCAGGUGCUCCGAGCCGAGCUCACCCCACUGAAGUACAACACUGAACGCAUCCACGUGCUCAGCGGGUACCUGAUGUGCAGUCACUCUGAUGAUCUGCGUGCUAAGGCAGAGUGGGAGGGGAAAGGGACAGUCUCUCGUUCCAAACUCCUCGACAAGCUGCAGACUUAUCUGCCCCCGUCCGUGAUGCUGCCACCCCACCGUCUUCAGACACUGUUGCGUCAGGCUGUGGAGCUGCAGAGAGAUCGCUGUCUGUACCACAACACUAAACUGGACAGUGGGCUGGACUCUGUGUCUCUGCUCAUAGACCAUGUGUGCAGCAGGAAACAGUUCCCAUGCUACACCCAACAGAUCUUGACCGAGCACUGCAAUGAAGUCUGGUUCUGUAAAUUCUCCAAUGAUGGCACCAAACUGGCCUCUGGAUCCAAAGACACAACAGUCAUUAUAUGGCAGGUUGACUCUGAGACUCACCAGCUCAAGCAGUUGAAGACCCUGGAGGGUCAUGCCUAUGGGGUUUCCUAUCUGGCCUGGAGCCCUGAUGACACGUAUCUGAUAGCCUGCGGCCCAGACGACUGCUCUGAGCUCUGGCUCUGGAACGUUCAGACAGGGGAGCUGAGAACUAAAAUGAGCCAGUCUCAUGAGGACAGCCUGACCAGUGUGGCCUGGAACCCAGACGGCAAGCGUUUCGUUACCGGAGGGCAGAGAGGCCAGUUCUACCAGUGUGAUCUGGACGGAAAUCUUCUGGACUCGUGGGAGGGUGUGCGUGUUCAGUGCCUGUGGUGUUUGAGUGACGGUAAAACAGUCCUCGCCUCUGAUACACACCAGCGGAUCCGUGGAUAUAACUUUGAAGAUCUGACUGACAGGAACAUUGUUCAAGAGGACCACCCCAUAAUGUCCUUCACCGUGUCAAAGAAUGGAAGAUUAGCUCUGUUGAAUGUCGCAACUCAGGGAGUUCAUCUGUGGGACCUACAGGACCGGGUUUUAGUCAGAAAGUACCAGGGUGUGACUCAGGGCUUCUACACCAUCCACUCCUGCUUCGGUGGCUUUAACGAAGACUUUAUUGCUAGUGGCAGUGAAGACCACAAAGUUUACAUCUGGCACAAGCGAAGCGAGCUGCCCAUCGCUGAGCUGACGGGUCACACGCGCACAGUGAACUGCGUAAGCUGGAACCCAGUGCUGCCGGGCUUGAUGGCCAGCGCCUCAGAUGAUGGCACUGUACGGGUCUGGGGUCCCGCCCCUUUUCUGGACUCACAAGAGACAGAGGGGCUAAAUGGGCUGUCCACAACCAGGAGAUGACAGAGGAGGAUCAAGUAACCAUGAGUUAACUCCCGAGUUAACAUCAAUAAAACGAAUGCUACAGCAUGGACAGUUGAUGUUGACUCUGGAGCAGAUGUCCACUUUGGAAAAUGUACAGAGACUUGAAUAAAAUCAUGACGUAAACAGCGGCAGACAGAUGUUCUUUCCUGGUGGUUUCACAUCCCCAACCAGCAAUGGAGUGACAGCGCUUGCCACCAGAGACGUCCAUUCACUUGAAUAAAGUGAAGCCGUUGCCCUUCACCACCUGACUUCAAACCCGUGUGGCACUAAAUGGUCAUGCCACACCCCUCACAGAGGACAUGCCCACCAUGGUUUAAGCUCCUCCUCUUUUCUACACUGCAUCCAGAGUGGACGACUGACUCCCGAACCUGCACAUACAAAAACAAACGUCAUUCAAAACUUUAUUUAUUAAGGCUUUAAUUUAUUAGUGUGAAUGAAUCAAGGCCUCAGGCUUGCUUUCUGUUUUUUACAAUAAUCACACACAAAAAUGUUGUUUUUCUGGCAUGUGUGAACACCGAAAGUGGUCGUAAAAUAGGGCGGAAUGGUGGAUUGGUCACAAAGACCACUCGCAGGUGUUCUAUAGAGAACAAAUCAUAUUUUUAUUUUCCAGCAUGAACUCUUGUGCCCUUUUAACCACCUCCUUGACAACAUAUGCUUGAAAGUCUUCACCAGCAGAUAUAUAUAUAUCAACAUUUAGUUUUUCUCCAUGACCAACUACAAUUUUAAAUGACUGAAUUUACUGGCAUUUUUAACAGCUUGAUCUUCCUUUGUUUUGAGAAUUCCAAUCAAGACCCCAAAUCACAAUCCUUUAUUCUUUUAUUCUGUAAUGUGGUCAUUUUGAGAGGGUGAAGGUUUGCUAAUGUUGAUGGAUUAUUCAUAUUUUUUUAUUCAAAUACUUGAGAUGAGCCGACAUAGAUUGACCUGGAAAGAUACGUAACAGGACUUGGUUAUGGUUAAAAACUAACCUACAACAGAGAAACACGCCAUAUUUGAGGCCGUGAUGCUUGCUUAGACUUGCAGCAUGCUAUACGUCCUGCUAGGACAAACUAAUGUCAUGUAAAUAUUGGCCUUCAGUGUGCAUUCUUUGUCUUUGUAAGUGGCUAAUAGUUGUUUGUAUAAUGGUUGAAGUAAUUUUUGAAGUGAAUUUACAGACUCGUCCGGCCACGUCCACACUAAGGCCACAUCUACACAAAUCCAUUGUCAUUUGAAAACUCAGUUUUCAGUUUCCUAACAUGAUUGUUUUCAAUAUAUGCGGGAAUGCAGAAUGUGUUCUAAACACUCAAUUUUCUGUGGAGAAAAACGGUAUUCUAGUGUGGAUUAGAGACGUAAGCAUAGCGAAAUUUCACUACAUUUACACCUCGCCUAAUACGUUUUCAUUUGUUUUAAAUGACAUUGAUUUUGCUACGUUGGUGCCUCUCAUUCACACAAAAACAGCUUUUUUUUAUCCACCAAAAAAGUGGAUUUGAAAACGUUAUCCAUUCUCACAUAAACGUAACCACGGAGGUGUAGUGAAAUCAAUGUGUUUUCAACAUCUAAUACAUUUUAGUUUGAAUACACAUUGAUUUUGCUAUGUUUCUGCCUCUCAUCCACAAUAGAAUGGCGCUUUUCUAAAACGUUAUCCAUUCCCGCAUAAACUUAGCGAAAUAGAUGCGUUUUAAACAAAAAUACGCUUAAUACAUUUCUGUUCGAAAACAAGUUACCAAGUUACCACCUCUCAUCCACACUAGAAGGGCACGUUCCUCCACCAAAAACAGAGCAUUUAAAAACAUUCCCACAUAACCGUCAAAGCGUAAACGAAGCAAAAUCAGUGAGUUUUCAAACGAAAAUAUGUCUAAUACAUUUUAGUUUGAAAACGCAUACAUUUUUGUUACAUUUGCACCUCUCAUCCACAAUAGAAUGGUGCUUUUCUCCACCAAAAACAGCGUUUCUAAAAAGUAAACGUAAACACGCAAACAUAACGAAAUUGAUGCAUUCUCAAAAAAAAGAUGCGUUGAAAACAUAUUGAUUUUGCUACAUUUAUGCCUCUCAUUUACACAACAACAGGAGUUUCCCUCCACCGAAAAACAGAGCAUUUUGAAAACGUUCUCCUUUUCCACAUAAACGUAAACACGCAGGCGCAGUGAAAUCAAUGCGUUUUCAAACGAAAAUAUGCCUAAUACAUUUCUUUUUGAAAACGCGUUGAUUUUGUUACAUUUGCGCCUCUCAUCCACACUAGAAAGGCACUUUCCUCCACCGAAAACAGAGUAUUUAAAAAACAUUUUCCAUUCCCACAUAAACCUCAACGCUUGUACGAAGCAAAAUCAGUGAGUUUUUCAGUUGAAACACAUUGAUUUAGUUUAUGCCUCUCCUUCACACAAAAACAGAUUUACCUCCACCGAAAAACAGGGUGUUUUUCGAAAACGUAGCGAAAUCUAUGCGUUUUCAAACAAAAAUAUGUUGAAAAUACAUUGAUUGCUGUACGUUUGUGCGCUCUCAUCAACACUAGAAUGACGUUUUCCUUCACCGAAAACAGUAUUUCAAAGAGUUGCCGCAUAGUUCGGAAAAUGAUGACGCUUCGGAAAGUAAAAACAAAGCUUUCAAACGAUAACGGAUUAGUGUGGAUGUGGCCUGAGGUAUGCUGGGGAAAUAAGAAUCUAAAUGUGUUGUCAUGGUAAGUAUGCCAGCACAUUGAAUGGACCGCCAAAUAUGAUUCUUGUGUACAUGUUUGGUCUGGUUUCCAGUUAUAUUUGUCCCCUCUUGUUCCAUAUUGUCCCUUUUUUUUUUUUUUUAUCCUUUUCAAAUGUAAACGAAUUCACUCAUGAUUUUCAGUUUUAUUCACUUUUAUUUUGGGUUGAUUUAUAAUUUUCCUGCUUUAUCACUUUUUUUUCCCUUGUAUUAUCUUAUAACGGAUGUCUUGGCAAGUGGCCUCUGAACUGCUUUUUUCUAUUCUUAAUUUCUUAUACUUUAAUACCAUAUCACGCAUUAGUACACACAGGUGUACCCUAUAAUGAUUUAAGUAUUCUAUGAUUUCUUCUGUGAUUGUGUUCUUCAUUUAUAUAUGAAGAAUCUAUAGAUAUAUAUAUAUAUAUAUAUAUAUACAUAUGUGUGUGUAUCUCUUGCCAUGUAUCCUUCCUUACAAAUGUUAACCGUUUCUCACCUGCAUCAGGUAAACGUCUCUGUACAGGUUAUUCGUACCCCGACCAGCCAAACCUGUUUUGUUUCCGAGGAAAUCAAUGUGUUUUCGAAAACAAAAAAAAAACAGGUGCAUGCGGAAAACACACCCUCACACAUAUGCGAUAUCACAGAAAAGUGGUGUUGUACAUUCUGGUUUAUGCAACCUAACGUUUUCUUUUGUUCUGAAUGUUUGUUUCAUUUGAGGUCUUAGUUUGACUUGUGCUAUGAGCCAGCGGGGUAACAGUAGCGGCCUGGGUGAAGUUCUGGGCUAUACGUUUAUUGCAGUCAAGUUCUGACACAUCUGUUUUGCAUUUCAGUGUGUUAUUAUUGUAAGUCAUUGUACUAUUAAGUAAUGUUAUGUAGGCGAGGUGUUAUGUAUACAUACUUUCAAUAAAGCAU